GCCUCUCACAAAUCACCCAUCGUACAGGACGCACCAGUCCCACACGCAAAAACCCUCAUGUGGGCGGCCUUUCAUCCUCAUCGCCGUCGUUGGCCGCCUGGUCCGCCCAGAAGACGAUGCUCCCAUCGCGGUGUGCCGUGAUGAGCUUGCCGAAUCGCCAUGUCAGCGAAGUCACCUGCCCGACCGACGGCACCUUGCGAGUCGCGUACGGCUGAAGAACGGAAGACAACGACACGCAUCAAUGAAGGCAGCCAGGCGGCCACACCGCAUGUGCCAUACACACUCACUUGUCCGCUGAGUGCAUUCCAGAAGACCAGCUCGUCCCCAUCGCCCCACGGAGACACUGAGACAGACGAAGACACAACAAGAGAUGAGUGAGGGUCAGGCCAUGCAUCCCGCUGUGUGUGUUGUGUGUGUGGUGUACCGAUCCAGGCGCUGUCUGGCGACAUGACGGGCGCCGGCUUGCGAUAUCCCGACCGGCCCCCCUGAGGCUCACCAAGCUGCUUCAUCACACGAAACAUGCGAUCGUUCGACAUCUUCACCACACACCCACACACACACACACAAAACAGCGACAUGAACUACCCAGGAAGGAUGGUUUCCCGUGCGCACAGUCUACUGACAUGGACGGAGUUGUCUUUGGCGCAGCUGACGAUGUACUCGCCGUCGGGCGAAUACUCAAUGCCAACCAACUGCAGGCGCAGACAGACACAGAGAGAGAGGCGUGAAGUGAAAGACGACAGGAGUGACUCCCAUGCACUAGAUCUCUCAUCUGGCGGUUGUAACGUUACCUCGUCUUCAUGUGCCUGCAUGGACUCCACCUGCUGACCUGCACAACACACAAACAACACAAACCACGUGUCUGCCGCCACUUGCCUUGCCUGCCUGCCUUGGUAUCUCUCUUGCUUUGCGUGCGUACAGUCGUCGCCCCUGAGAGUCCACUUGAUGAUGUGCCCGUCGCGGUGGCCGGUCACCAGACAGUCCGACUGGUGCGGGUGGAGGGACGCACAAGUUAUCAUCGAGAUGGCAUGCGCCUGAAUUGAUAGAUAGAAGGGGGUUGGACAGAAGGUGGAGCAUCACAGUGGCUUGCGGGUGCACUGACGGUUUUGACGCAGACGGAUCUGUGUAUGUUCCAUAUCUUGAUGGUCUUGUCCGCACUCGCACUGUAGGCCUGACGCACACGAGGACAAAAGACAGACGCACGAGUGAGAGCAGUGGAGGCAGCAGCACAGAGUCUGCUCCACUAUGGGCCACCUUGAAUGGGCUGUUGAGUGUGGUGUAGCCGCAGCGCAAGAUCUUCUGCGCAUGACCUUUCAUUGUGCACUGAGACCGCUGCGCAAUACAUACAUACACGGCGACAGACAGACAGACAGACAGACAGCCAUGGGUGGACACAUGGCCGCCUGGCCUGGUUAUGUCAACCGAAGAAGCUAAGCUCACUUGUCUGAACAGGUGCACGUGUUGUAUGGAGUUGUCGGUUGCGGCUGCCAAGCACCAGGUGUUGUCGGAUGACAGGCCCACGCUGCUGACGCCAAAGCGGCUCGACAAAGCAGGGAAACUGUACAAGGUCGACUCUGAUACACACAAACAGACUUGCGUCCGCAUAUGACACGAGGACGGCUGGCAAUGCUGCCUGUCUGGUCAACCAGUCUGGCCACUCACUGACCGUGUCUGGCGUCGAUGCAAGCGAGGUAUCCGUCCACACUGCCCGUGAGCAGCAGCUGCUGGGGCGUCUGGUGGGGGCAGUAGUUGGUGUCCAGCGCCUCUAUCGACCCUGUGUGGCAGCGCACACUCCGACCUGCCAUCUUGGGCACCUGCGCACACACAUAUGAAGAUUACUCCUAGGGUAAAACCAUGCCCGUCCCGUCCCGUCCCGUCCCGUCAUUCAUCACUGCUUGCUUUGUGUGUGCCUGGCCUGCCCUGCCUACACUGAUUCGUGGCAUGUUGAUGGGUCCGAGUAUCUCAGAGAAGUCCACCGGCUGCUUGGCGCUGGCCGGGCUCCUCACGCCCACGGCCCCUACGUGUGUGGACCGCCUGGCCACCUCUAUCGGCUGGCUGCCCUUGGCCGCUACUGCGGCCACACCCUCGGCAGCGUUGCGCUGCAGCUCUUCCUGGUGCGUCCGCAUGAUCUCGUUGAGCAUCUGAUUCAUCUCGUUCAUCUUCUCGGCCUGAUGACAAGACGGGACAAAACGGGACAGAGAGAAUGCACCUGAGUGGUGUGGACGGGCGGGCUGGCUGGCUGGGUGUGUACCUCGUGUUCUUUGAGGUGCAGCAGGUCGGUGAUGAGCCGCUCGUUUUCAUUCACCUUGGCAUCAAGCUGCCUGGCGAUCAAAACACAAUAACAUCGUGGUUGUCUGUACCGUACCGGAUGGUCAGCAUAGCAUGCAUACUGUCCGCACUUUUGCAGUUCGUUUCGCUGCUCCUGCAGGGCUUCAUGCUCUGUCUGCAGCACCUGAUACGUGUCCAGCAAAGUCCUGUACUCGGACAUCUGCACGCACAACCACGGGAGGACUGCUGUGAGAUCUACCUAAUGGAUGUCCUCUCCUGUGUCCGUUUGUGCUGACCUUGGUUUCGAUUUGUGCGUCCCUGUCUUUGAGCUCAUCCUCCCUGUCCUUCAGCAGCUGCUUCGUCGCCGCUUGCUCCAUCUCGAUGCGAGCCAACUGACGGACACAAAUGCCGUUGACAGACACGGUAUGGCUCAUUUGUUGAGCACGAAUCACUCAUCGUGCGCGUGCCUUGUUUCGCAGGUUGGUGAGCUCUUCGACGACGCUUUUCUUCUCUCUAUAGUUGUGUGUGAGCUGUUCGUGCAGGAGCUGGAUCUUGUCAUUGAGCACCCUUGGGUCCUCUCCCCUCCCGCCCUCCGACGCCUCACCAUCGCCCUCUCCAAGCGGGAAUCCCCACGGACCCAACGUGGGAGCUUCCUUCAGCUGCUGGUCUGCAGUCCGUCACAAGCAUACAAAACACAAACACACACCAUACCAAUCCCAAUGAGGAGCCAGUCAUUGGUGUGGUUGGCUUACAUGCUUUCAUGAGAUCUUUGAAGCAAUCCAUCUGUGUCCUGUCCCUCUCCCUGACUUUGGCCAUGAAGUCUAUCCGCCACGGAGCAUCUUUCCAAUGCUCCUCCUCCCCUGCUUCCUCAGCAACAGGACGAUCUGGCGCUGCCGAUGCCGCUGUUGCUGGUGAUGGCUGAGGGCUACUCGGAGCUUCUGGAGAGCUCGCCGCUGCUGCUGCCGUGUCCUCCUCAGAGAUCUCUGCCAU